AUUACCCGAUCUAAGAUUUCACUAGCGCAUAUGGGGGCAAAUUGUAACAGUGGCUUCCUCCCAGCGGUUACUGCGGCGACUCCUAGUUUUAGAUCGAUUUCUCUCUCGGUGUACGUACAGACACCCUCGCCCUCGCCCUCACCCUCACCCUCGGCCUCGGCCUCUCCUUCACCGGUGCAGAGAGACAGUUCGCCCGCAACAACCUCGCCCCACGCGCGCCUCUCUCUUCCGACUGACGACCACUGCCUCCUCGUACGGGCCGCGAUCUUCCCACUGGUUAGCCGCUUCCAGAGUAGCCGACUUCCUCCCAGACGGUGCUGCCUGCAACCAUCGGCCAACCCCCGGCGACGACGCCGGCAACAACGCUCCUCGCAUCCAAAGACCCGGGGUAAGCCGCCUGUGAAUAGGCCCAACGCGGUCCAGGAAAAGGCGGACUGUAAUCAGAACGUGGAGUGCUCCUUCGAGCAACUGUGUAAUAUGAUCAACGAUCUGGAGAAGAAUAUCGUCAACGAGAUGCCGGAAGUGGAGAAUCAUCUCCAGUUGGAACCGGAAAAGGAUAACUCCGAUGGGACCUGUGGAAGGAAUGGGACGACAUAUGAUGAUAUAAUGACUUUUCUGACGAAGUUCGAGGAGACUGGUCCAUUAGACGAGAAGCUGGAUAUGGUUGAGGUGGAUGCUGAGACGAUGCUUAGGGAGAUGCUGGAGGAGCCACAAGGUCUACCUUGCCUUAGCUGCGACAGCGCUAACGUCGAAAACAACUCUCCUUACACCUUCAAAGAGGACUUGGCCACAGCUCGAUUACAACUAGAAGAAAAGAACGCCACUGUAUCGUUACUCAAAGAACAAUUAAGAUCCGAGAGGAAGCUCGCCUGCGAGAAACUGGAAUCUCAGAAGAGAAACAGCGCGUGCAAGCUGCAGCAACAGGAGGACAGGUACAAAGGAAUAGUAAAGAGGCAUCAGAAGUUCAUCGAGCAGCUCAUCACCGAGAAAACCGAGCUGACUGAGAAGUGUAACUCACUGGUGCAGCGAGUGAAGGAGAUAGAGACGAAGAUGCAGCGGGAUUUGAAGGCUGCAGCUGAGAGACAUGCAGUGGAACUGCAGAGGGCGAAGGACAGGUACGCAGCCGCUGAGAAGAUCAAACGAGAACGAUGGAUAGAAGCUAGGACGACAAAAAUUAAGGAGAUGACGGUGAAAGGGCUGGAAUCAGAGCUGCAUAAUAUGAUGGAGCAGCACGCAGAGGAGAUUCAGAGGCUGAGGAACGUCCACAUGAAGGAGCUGCAGGAUGUGGAACUGAGAACCAUACGUCGUUCUAAUGAACAGUUGGAACAGCUGCGAUUGGAACUGACUGCCAGUCAGGAGAGGAUGAUGACUAAUGAGAAGAAUCUCCUGUGGACCAGAUAUAAAGAGAAGCUGGAAGAGCAAGAGAGUCAGUUCAAAGCACAGCAAGGAAAACUGUUGGAAGAGCUGCAGCUGGAAAGGGAAAAUUUAAGUAAAGAACGAGGGAAAUGGGAGGCUGAGAAGGAGGCAGCUUUGCAGCAGAUGCACCUUCGCUACCAGGAAGAAACAGAGCUUCUCAAACAACGCCAUUUGAACGAGAAGAAGGUUGUUGAAGAAUCGUUGAAGAUGGAAUGGGAGGCCUGGCUCGCUGAUUACAAGAGGCAACAGAAUUUGAGGAUCGAGCAGGCUGAGAGUAAAAUUAGAGAAGAGUGUGACAAGGAGAGAGAUCGACAAAUCGAACUUGUCAUCGAACGUUUUGAGAAACACUCUCGAGAUGCUAAAUUGACCCUUCAACAGAAUUUCGAUCGUAAUCUUAGAUAUUGGAGGGAAAAAUUGGAGACGAGUCUGCAAGCUGCGGUCGACGCCGAACGUUCUUCCAAGGACAAGUUGACCCUGACGAAGGAGAAACUUGAGAAAGUUGAAAUUCAGUUGCAACAAACGGAGAACAAGCUGCGGCAAUGCCUGUCCGAGUUGAACGACGCGAACGAGGUAAUACAGCAGCUGCGUAUGGAAAAAGAUCAGGCGAAAAAGUUGGCCAGGCAAGAAAUUGAAGGAGAAAAAAGAGAAUUAGAGGAGAAAAUCGCCUCGCUUUAUCAGGAAAUAACUCGUAUUAAUUCGAACAGAGAUGCCUCCAUGUCUCAGUUACAUAGCAGAAUUAAAUUAAUAAUGACCCAGAAGGUCCUGACGAUUAAAAAUUUGACCAAAGAGCUGGACGAUGCAAAACGGCAGAGCGAACAUUUAGAAAAGUUACUGGAUCAACAGCGAAGAGAAUAUAUUUUAAAAAGUUUAUGAAAAACAGUUGUUCGAUGUACACCCUUGAGCACCCUCUGGUCCCCUUAGGGAAAAUGGCGAUCUGAGCUAGCGGAGGAGAUGUCCUCACCAGUGGGUAUGAUACCCUGAGGGGAGCAGGCAUUAUGCCUAAUUUACAAUUGAACUGUAUACUGUUUAUUCGGUAAAAAACUAUUUUUCAAUCAUUUCUAUUAUAUAUUUCUUCUCGGAUACAUACCAAAAUGAUUGCAUCAUUUUUUUCUUUUUAUGGGGUAUUUUCCUAACCUUCCAUCAUACCUUAUAUUACAUCAAAAAUAAAAAUAUUACAUGAUCUUUUAAGCGAAGAUACAUCAAUUCAAAUGUACGUACAAUGUUCUUUAAAAAUAUGCAUUAUAAAUUGGAGAAAAUUAAACUUUCUUCACAAUCUGCACAACAUCCUCGUCGCACAACACAUGAUCUUUUCCUACUUUUUGAGGCUGGUGUUUCACGGACGAUCCCCAUACAAGAGCGCUGCAAAUACAAUGAAAGUAUAGUGAAUUGCGAAGAGCAAAGCUACAGCACCACAGGGGAAUUAUAAUCCGGAAGCUGACCUUUAGGCUUGGUGUAGCUAAACAGUGCCAUCAAACAAUUAAUAAUUUAGUAAAUUAAAUCAAAUAGGAAGGAAAAACUUACAUUCUGACCAGCUGCAAGUAGUCCCACAUUUUCUCAAGCAAAUCAUCGAAGUUCCAUUUGUGAUGAGCAGAAAUGGGUACACAGUGCGGUAUUUUAUAAAUGAUAUCGAGCUCCUCGAUACUGAUUUGAUCUAGAAAUUUAAAUCAAACAAAUUUUAAUCAUCCUUCCAAAGUUCCAUUUAUAAACUUUAAGUUACCUAUUUUGUUGAGCAAAUAAAUACACGGUACAUAAACGCGAUUUCCUUCAAUGACAUCGAUCAAAUCAUCGGAAGUGGCGUCGUAUCGCAAAGUGAUAUCUGCAUUGUGAAUUCUAUACUCUGAUAGAAUGCUUUUCACUAAAUCUAAAUCGAGCUCCGACUGUGCGCACUGUCAAAUAAUGCAACUAUCUUAAUUUUCCUUCCUUGCAAACAAAAGGAGACCAUUUUUUGUGAAAAACUGCACCUGAUUUAUCCUCCAUGAAAAAAUAUAAUAGAACCAAAGAUAGAAGCAUUGCUUAAUGAACCAAAUCAGGUGUAGUUUUCUUUGUGAUUUAUUUAUACAUUUAAUUACCGUAGUUUGAAAAUUAAUGCCACCUUUAUCUUUCUUUCGAAAGGUAAUAUUCGGCGGCUGUUUAUUCAAUCGCAAUCCGAAGCCUUCCAAUUCGUGUUCGAUUAAUCUCUUGUGCCCGAGUGGUUUCAAUACAUCCAAUACUAUAAAUAUUAAGCUGCAAGUUCUAGCAACAGCGAUAACUUGCCUUCCGCGUCCUUUACCGUCUUUAGCACCUUCUAUGAUACCAGGAAGGUCGAGUAGCUAUAACAGAUACUAAGUUACUUUCUUCUGUAUAAAGAGAGAGUUUUCUUUGUCUUAUGCUUGAAGGAUAAGUAUAAAAACCUGUAUCUUUGCCCCUUUGUAUUUUAUGCAACCUGGUACUGUAGUAAGAGUUGUGAAUUCAUAUGCAGCUACUUCAGAAUACACUCCAGCAAGCGUACUCAACAAUGUAGAUUUACCCACGGAGGGGAAGCC